AUAGUCCGCCGUGAUGAUGUUCAAGAAAUGAUAAACUUUCCACAGUAACCAUUGUUAUGUUAUUGAUUUGUGUUUCUAAAGAUAAUCUUAUAUCGACUUCUUGCUUUUAUUAGCUUAUCUCAGCUUUUUGCGAGGAUAACGUGAGAUGUGUUCAUUAUGUUGAAGUGCAGAAUGUAAAACGUGUUAUCUCGAAAACAGAAGAAGUCGAUAAACGAGAGACAGUUUUCUAGUUAAUUAAUUUGCAAGCAGAAUCCAAUGGCAAAAAUACAUUCACCACAGUUCAAGUCAAAGAAUGUGCUCUUGAUCCAUUACCUUGGUGUGAUCCAAACCAUCAUAGGCAUUCUCGUCCUGUUAUGUGGUGUAAGUGGAACUAAACACAUUGUCGUACAUGAUCAGUUGAGCGACACAAGUGCAGUUGUAGCAGGUGGCUUGCGAAUCUUAUUAACUGGUUUCUUUGGCAUCAUGUUUGCUGAACACACAAAAAUGAAUGAUUUAAAGAAAAACCAUUUUGAGUUUUGCUUUGUUUCGGCUGUCUUUGCACUACUUAGUUGUAUUUUUUUUGCAGUUGGAUUAAGCAAACCCUGUGGGGAAGAGGCUUUGCAAUGCACCAACUGUUGCUCACGUCAAAUUGGAAUUCAUGUGUACGUUCUUGUGAUGACACUAAUGAUAGCAGAACUUGUAUUAACAUUUGUAGCUACUAUAUUGUGUUAUAAAGCCCUUGGUAGAUGGUGGAAUGCGCAAAUAGAAGAAGUAUCGGAACACAAAAUGGAUCAGUUUGUGGUUAAUCAAAUUGCCUGAUGCAGAAAUGAUUGCACGCUAUAGUCGCCUUCUAAAUUUAACCCUUUGACUACCAGUUUUUAACAAACCUUCUGAUGUCCUACUCAAGUUAGUGAUAGAUAGAUAGAUAAGUAUAAAUGAUAACCUUCUGCAAACCGUUUUGUAAUCUUUUGGAAACCGUUUGGUAACCUCUUGCAAACCUCUAAUCUGUAGUCUUAGUUAAAAUUAGUUACAGUCUUCAGAGCAGACGUAGUUGUUUUUUCAACAAAACUAGAUUUUAAAAUACAUUUUAUCCAUAUUAGUUUUAUGACCUGAAAUUUUAUAGCUAGGAAAGUUUUUAUACAUGCUAAUUAUAUUGAUCCUAAGACCGCAGUUUUUGGCCGCUUUAAAAAUGCAAGCAAGUUCUAUAUUAUUGUAUUGUAUUUUUUUAUUUAUUGUAUUUCUAUAUGCUUACU